AUGCUCUCUAUGGUAGGGAUCAAAUUAAAGAAAGGACCCACCAGCGAAGAGUGGAAGAUAGUACCUCAAGCUACUAAUGCAGACUCAACCAGCGUAACGCCUAAAAACAUAGAACGAGCUUCAGAAAGUGAAGCGGACAAAGAAAACACAUCUCCACAAGUCCCGGAAGCUUCUGUUAGGAGUAAGAAAUUUGAAAAAGAUGGUGAUUGCAAGCUUGUUGAAAACCAAAUUGUAGAGGAACUAGGCGUAGGAAGUCUUUUUCCAUCAGAUAAUUGCAGAAUUCAAGAAAGAGAAGCAGUUUUAGAUGGAGAGUCAUGUGCUACAACUACGCAAGAGCUCUCGGAGGCGGAAGAAAGCAGAGACGUAAUUGGAACUGGACAAGAGCAGUUGGACUUAGAAGAUCCUUUUUCAUCUGACGAUUCAAUAAUGGAUCCUGACUAUGAAGAACCAGUUGUAUCACACCAUUCUCAAUGCCCGACGGAAUCAUGCACAGAGAAAAAGAAGAGUAGGAAGAGAAAAGCAGAGCCCUGUGAAUGGAAAAGAAAUAAAACUAAGCUAUUAAGAAACAGUGGACAAGAAUACCACACCUUAAACAAGAAUAAACCAGUAUCUAGUAGACAAAUGACACAACCCUGUGACGGCACUUGCAAGCUAAAAUGUACAGCAAAAUUCACUGAAGAGGAUAGGAAGUUCCUGUUCACCAAGUUCUGGAAUUUAGCCAAUAUUAACAAACAGGGGGUGUUUAUUGCUACUCUGAUGCAAGAAAUCACACCAAAAUACACGUAUCCCAUUCUAAUCAAUGGCAAACGAAAACGAACUAAUAAUAAUUCGUUUCAUUUGGAAAAAGGAGAAGAGAAACUUAGGGUUUGCAAGAAAUUCUUCACAUCAACUUUUGGCAUCAGCAAUCGCUGUAUUCGGAGUGUCAUAUCGAAAAGAGCUGAAGGUGAUUUUGAAGACAAAAGGGGGAAACAUGGUAAUCAAACCCGAAUAUCUGAUGAAAUUAAAAAUGAUGUUCGUGCUCAUAUUGCAUCAAUACCUCAAAUAGAGAGUCACUAUACAAGAGCUCACAGUGAGAAAAAAUACAUAGAAGGUAGCAAAACUAUCACUGAUUUAUACAGAGAUUACAAAAAAGAUUGCGUUGCUAGAGGUAAAGCAACGGCAACACUGACUAUGUAUAGAAACAUAUUCAAUUAUGAAUUUAACCUAGCAUUUUUCAUUCCUAAAAAAGAUCAAUGCCACACGUGCGUUGCCUAUGGCAACGCAAAUGAAGGGGAAAAGAAAGAUUUAGAAAAGCUAUAUGAGCAACACCAAAAUGAAAAAAAAAUAAGCAGAGCAGAAAAACUAGCCGACAAAGAAAAAGUCAGUGAUAAAUACCAGGUUUGUUGUUACGACUUACAAGCUGUUCUGCCAUGUCCUCAAGGAGAUGUUUCUGACUUUUAUUAUAAAUCAAAACUGUCGACGUAUAACUUCACUAUGUGUGAUUUGAAUAAAACGGGACAGUGA